GACAUUAUCUUUGUUUAUCUUCAGAUGCAAAACAAACACAGAUACACAAACACAAUUAGUAUUCGCUAAAUGCAUGGCUGAGAGAGAUGAUCAUCAAAAGUUGCGAAACUACCCUUCACUAUCGCAACACUUUGAAUUUGAGUGUUUCGAGCUCUUAUCAAACAAUUUAGAGGGUGAAGACUACCUUCAGAGGCAAGUGCUGCCUUUAUCACCCAUAAUCACAACGUCAAUAGCUUCUUCCACUCACACGCAUCCCCUGUAUAGAGGUAUCCGGAGCCGGAAGGGAAAAUGGGUAUCAGAAAUACGAGUGCCACGUACAAAAACACGAAUAUGGCUAGGUACAUAUCCGACGCCAGAAAUGGCAGCUGCAGCAUAUGAUGCAGCUUCCUUAGUGCUCAAAGGCCCUCACACUGCCCUAAACUUCCCUACUCAUGAAUACAACAAUGCACUUCUACUUACAAGAGGGUAUUCUACAGCUGCUGUUAUACGUGUGGCUGCGGCCAAUGCAGCCGCUUCUCGGGCUGUUGCUUCAGAAAGUCUGGAAUUGCCAGCACCUCAGCUGGCGCCACAAUAUUUCAGUAAUUAUGUUGGUAGUAAUGGUACUGACGUCCUUGGACUGAAAGAAGAGUAUGUAGAUGAGGAGGAAAUUUUUGAUAUGCCAAAUUUGCUUAUGGACAUGGCUGAGGGAAUGCUCAUUAGCCCUCCCAUGAUCACCAUCCCUCCGCCAUCCUCGGAUGAUUCUGGCCAAGAGACUUUGUGGAACUAUACACUAUAAUCAACUUUCUGUUUUGGCACUAGGAACCGAUAAUAAUAAUUGAUGGCCGCAGAGAUUUUAGUUAGUAUCCAAAGCGAUCAUGAUUGUGUUCUUUGGGAGAAUUAUUUUGUUGUAUUUUUCCUUAUAUAUUUGUGUGUUCUCUUAUUUCCAGCUGGCUAGUCUAUGUUGAGUUUUGAUGAUGAGGACAUGUUAUUGGGACAUGAAUAUUGUCACUAGUUUAUGUUGGGUUUUGAUGAUGAAGAUAGAUUAUUGGAA